AUGCAGCACAGUGACAGCGAAUGGGCAAGACUUUGUCACAAGGUAAGAGCUCUGCUGCCCGAAGAUAUCGGCAAGCAAGCAUGGUAUCUGGUUAUUUUCGCUACUUUGGCAGUAUCUCCUGAAACAAGUCUCCCAGCAUCGUUUUAUACCUAUCUUAAAGAACACGAGACAGAAUUCUCAUCUGAGGCUUCUCUGGAUUAUCUCGGUCAAAGAUUUCGAGAUGUUCUUCUGAAGCAGCUUUCGCUUGUGGGAGGACCACAGGUUCUUUCAGUUCUAAUCCCACUUGCAAAGGCAGAGGGAGAUGUUGAGUCGAAGGCCAGGUCUAGCAGUUUGAAUGAGAAGUGGCGAGCCGACAAAAUGAAUGUACCAGCGAUCUACAACCGUGGUCUUCAGACAAUUAACACAAUCUAUGGCGAAGAGCUUUUGAGCAAGAUAUUUGAUACUUGGGGUACCCACAAAGAGGAUGUUAAGUUCAAUGAGAUUUAUACCCUCUACGGCUUGUGGCUCUCUGACUUUGAAGUUCUUACUCCCCUCAAGACUGAAGCUGUGGUAUACUCUUCAAUCUCGUGCUUGGGACUAGGUGGACCUGGCAACUGGCACUUACGUGGGAUGGGGCGCUUGCUCGGCGCUAAUGGCACAGACGAUGCAAGCGAAGAAAUGCAAAAGAUUCUACAGAAGCUCAUGAAUCUAAAAGAGGCGGUUGUAAGCAUUGUACGUUUCGUGGGGCCAGAAUUUGUAAACAAGGCAAAGUUGGAUAAGUGGGCGGAUGCUACCACUGUAUCUAGAGAUCUGGGUGGUUGGGGCAACUAA